GCUUGUGCAUCCUGUCUCUGCAAGCAUCGAUCGGACACACACAUCUCUGCAGGCCCCACCAGUGAAGUCUCAAAAAGAAAUAUCUUGCUCACGAAUUCCUUGGCAUCGGUAUCGUCGCGGAACUCCAUCCUAUCCAGGUCGAUCACCACCGGACGGCACUCUUUGGUGGGUCGACGUUGAUGGCCAUAUUGCCUCCGGGAUUCGCCUCCGCUCCCUGAAGCAGACAAUUGAUAGCGUUCACCAAGAAUGAACGCGAGAAUGAGAAUGGUUCUUUCGCUGACCAGCAUAUCAGUGUGCAGCAGGCCAACGCUAUGCAGGUGGAGGAGGCCCUCCAUGGCUUGCUUGAGGAGCGUCAUCAGCACGUGCUCCCUUUCCUCCCCCAGCGCCUCAGCGAAUCGCCUGUCUGCCAGAGUGCCCCCUGAAGGCGACGCAGACAGCAACAACAUGCGUGUGUAUAUCCGUGGGCGAAAGUGCGAGCGGACCGUUGAUGAAGGGCAUCACGGCCACCUUGACGGCGGCGUGAGGCGACCGCACCUUCAGAAUGCGGGGGGCGUCAAUGAUGUUCUCGUGGCGCAGGUGGAUGGCAGCAGCGACGUCCCAUCCGUUGAUUAUGAACCCAUUCUCAUCCUACAACACACACACACACACACACACACGGGAAUUCCGCACUCACUCAUGCAGCCAGCCCAGCCAGCCCCAUUGUCACAUUGCUUACUCGCCCUUCAUCCGUCUCGUAGAGCUUGAAUAUCUUAAAGGCGAGGCGCUCCCCUGCGGCCUUAUCAUAAAGGACCUCUACCCAGCCGUGAAGCCCCUCCCUGGCUGGUGUACUGCUAUCCACGAAGAGUGCCGUGCUCCUUAAAGCCUUACCCACCGCCCGCUGCAACAAACAGACACACAUGAGAGAGCGAGAAGAUCAGGAGUCGCGAAGAAGGGGACCGUAAGGCUUCACUUCGGCUUGAUAUCUGCAUAAGCAAGAAAGAGACAGACCAGAAAGUGGAACACAGACAGAGACACACAUGUCCGUCCUUAGAUACCGCGAUGCACUGUCUGCCCGCAGUUGUCGCUGUGCAGGUGGACGAUAGGCGCCGUCAUCUGCCCGGUGAUCGCGAGCAGCUGAUCGAUCGUCAGCUUGCGUCGCCCCAGCGGCCCCUUCUGUCUGCAGUACUCUUCCAAUUUCUGCCCGCCCCCUCACGUAGUCGAGAAACAGCCGCCGGCCGAUGAAAUCGAGUCUGGCGCCUCCUGUGCGGCGUCAAACAGGCUGUUCUGCUCUUCUCGGUGGAACAGGUAUUCUCCUGGUGUCCACUCGGUGCCCACUGCCGAAGAGACCUGCUUGCAUACGACGACCCUCCCCUCUUGCUUGUCGUCACACAACAUGAUGGUGGUGCGGUGCUCUUCAUCCACUGGUUCAAGCAGCGGCUCCUUGUCAUCGAGUGGGGCAAACCGCUGUUUCUCCUCAUCUGGAGUGAAGAGCCUGACUCCAGCCUCCUUGCACUCCCGCUGACCUGCAUUAUGCAGCGUUAUAAAAUGCAGAAAGAGUCAGUCAGAGCUCACAAGUGGCGUCUCCCUCUGAUGGCGUGCCGUCCGUGUGCUUACACUGCUUGUAUACGAAGACAACCACCGCACGAAGUUAACGCUCCUUCCUCCUCUCAUCCGCAGCGAGGCGGCCCACAUUAGUCGUCUUGAAUCCUUCGAGCCAAUCGUUCAACGGCUUCUGUGUACGCUUCUCGGUUUCUUACACUGAUAUGCGGGCGCCGGUGUCGCCAUGGCCGCUGCCGGUGGGUGUGGUGCAUCGGCAUAAGUGAAGACAAGCCUCACAGAUAUAAAA